AUGACGGCGAUGGCGGGAGCGGAGGCGGGCGAGCCGAACCCCGAGGAGUUCGUGUACGGCGAGGAGGACUUCGUGCUGCAGGCGGCCGGCUGGGGCGACCCGGACUCCGCGCCCUCCCGGUUCGACCGGGCGCUGCUGGCGGGCUGGAGUGACCGUAUGGAGCGGGGACUGUUCCGGUACCGGCUGGGCCCGCUGCCCACCCGCGUCCUGCCCGGCGCCGUGCGCCUCGUGGCGCAGCUGAACGAGCAGCGCAGCGCCGAGCGCCGCCCGCCGCAGCCCGUGCGCAGCCUGCGGGACCCCUUCGAUCCCGGCGCCUUCAACUUCACCCGGCUGCGCCCCGCCGAGCUGCUGUUCCGCCUGCGCCGCACCGGCGGCCCGGGGCCGCCGCCCGAGCCGCUGCUGGUGGCCAUCAACGCCAGCCCGCUGGAGCGGGGACACGUCCUGCUGCUGCCCGAGCCCGAGCUGCGGCUGCCGCAGCUGCUGGCGGCGCCGGCGCUGCGCGGGGCGCUGGAGGCGGCGCUGCUCAGCGCCCACCCAGGCUUCCGCGUGGGCUUCAACGGGCUGGGCGGCGGCGCCUCGGUGAACCACCUGCACCUGCACGGGCUCUACCUGGACCGGCCGCUGCCGCUGGAGGAGGCGCCGGCCGAGCCGCUGGGGCCGCGCCUGGGGCUGAUCCGCGCCGGACCGGCCCCCGCCUUCCUGUUCUUCGCGCCCGGCCCCGCCGAGCUGGAGCCGGUGUCGCGGGCCGUGUGCCGGGCGGCGGAGCACCUGGGCGCUGCCGGACUGGCCUGCAACGUGCUGGCCACGCGGGGCGAGCCGCCGGCGGGGCCCGGGGCCGGCGGCGGCCGCGGGCUGCGGGUGCUGCUGUGGGCGCGCCGGCCGCUCUUCGGCGCCAAGGCGGGCGAGCCCUUCGCCGUGGCGCUGUGCGAGCUGGCCGGACUGCUGCCGCUGCCCAACGAGCCGCUCUACCGGGACAUCACCGAGCCGCAGGCCCUGAGCGCCAUCCGCCAGCACCUGCUGCCCGAGCCCGAGCUGCUGCGCCUGGGCUGGGAGCUGGGGCGGCUGCUGGGGGACUGAACCGAGGGCACGGGCAGGGACGGGAGCACUGAACUGAGGGCACGGGCAGCGGCUGCAGAGCUGAACCGAUGGCACCGACAGGAGCCGCAGAGCUGAACCAAUGGCACAGACAGUGGCUCUAGAGCUGAACCGAUGGCACCGACAGUGGCUCUAGAGCCGAACCGAUGGCACGGGCAGCGGCCGGAGCGCUGACGGCUCCGGGACGGCAGGGGUCGCUGUGCAUGGAGGACACGGAAGUGGCUGUCACGUGACCGCGCGCGGCCGCUCCGCCCGCCGUGCCACCGUCUCUGUGGUGCGGUCGCCAUGGGAACGCGGCGGACCCGGGAGCGGUGCGAUGGCGGCGGCGGGCGACGACGGCGGGGGGAACGUGGGCCCGGGCCCACCCCCGGGAUCCCCUCCGGGCGCGGAGGCGGCCGUCGCGGCGCCCCCCUCGGACCGUCCCGCUGCCCCCGCCGGACCCGAGCCGCGGAGGAAGCGCAGGCGAGUGCCGGGCCGCAGCCCCCCGGCAGGGUCCGGCUGGAGCCCGUCCAGCCGUCGCCUCAGUUGGUCCCGGUCCCGGUCCCGGCCCAGCUGCUCCCAGUGGGAAAAUGCCCAGCCGGUGCCCUGCUUUCCCCAGCCCCCGGGAGCCGGUCCGGGAUCCCACUGACCCAAAAUAAAUAGUGUUCCCCUAGAAUUGCCCCAGCCAUCCCCUGUGUGACAGCCAGGCACGGCUCCGUGCCCAGGACCAGCCUGCCUGUCCUUAGGGCUGUACUAACCGCGGCUGGCUGGUCAGGGUGCCCCGAGUGUGUGCAGGAGCUCGGGGCUGUGUCCCCGCUCUGGGCUCUGCCCGUGCCUCGCUGAGCUGUCAUCUCAUCUCUAUUCCAGUGUCCCCUCCAUCAACCUGAGCGGCUGCAAGUACGAGAGUGGUGAGUCAGAGGGGUCCCUGCAGCCUUCCAGCCCACACCCGCAGGCUCUCCCGGUGCUGGCACCCCGUUCCCACUGGUUUAUUUACUGCUGCCAGCCACUGGCAUUGGCCCCCGUGUUAGUGGGGAGUUGGUCACGCUUUGGAUUGAGAUUUCUCCCGAUUUAAAAUGUGCAACAGCAGCAUGAGCCCUCAACAUGCCCCACACUUGAGUUUGCCAGCUGUCUGCUAAAAAGGGCAAGAAGGGUUCCCUCAGGUACAGUGCAAGGGAGCACCUGGGCUAGAAGACAGGACCUGAGGGUUGGGAACUGUUUAAGGUAAAGUUGGUGGUGAGCAGGCAGGAUCUGUACCUGCAACUCUCCCUGUGCUGUUCAUCCCUGGUGACCCCGGGGAGCUGGUCCACUCUGCCCUCCCACAAGCUGGAUCUUGAAAGAACAAACUCCUGCCCCCUGAGGGGUGUUUUUAAUCUACUUUGCUAAGGGAUCUUGGUAAGCAUGGAUCCCCAUCACCUCCCCAGCCCUGCCAAAUUCAUACGUGGCACUAUCAUGAACUAUCCCAGCAGAGACCUUUUCCUGCUGAGCUGUGUUCUGCUGCUGAAAGACCUUUGAUUUGGGAGAUUAAAUUCACACCUUUGCAAGA